AUGGCGCAAGAGUUGAUUAAAGAAGGGAACAUUGUCGCUUAUGAAUGGCCAUUACCUCCCAGUAAAGGACCCGUUGGAAGAGUUAUCAUGAUGAAGGGCCAAGAUGGAAUCCCAGUGAAGAUUGAUGUGAUGUACAGCGCCGCCUCAAACUCUAUCCCUAAUUCCUAUCUUGUUCUCUUUGCUCGUAAUACGUUCGUUCUCCGAUCUCAGGUGUUGUUGAAGCCUCCUGUUGUUGGCUUGGAAUCCGUGCUAGUUCUGCUGUGGCAGAUUCGAAGACCCUCAUCACAGCAGAGAGUUAGCUGUAUGCAUCGUGAGACAUACCAGAAAUUUAUUCAGUUUUCCGGUUGCGGUUGGCCACCUUCCAUUAUCCCUGAAGGGGAUUCUUCCGGGGUACCCACCACUUUUGAGGCCGAAGUUGCAAAGCUUUGUAUAGCUUGA